AUAACAGAUAGCAUGAAGUCAUAUACUUGAGUCGCAUGUUUAUUCUUCUUGGAAGCUUGCGAUGCUGAUGAGAUAAAUCCGAAAUGUCAAGCUCCUCUGCGGGCUUUCCGCCGCCAGACUCGACCGAAGCCUCGUCCAGUCGCGACAUCCCAAUCAUUGCGAAUGUGGAUAAUGCGGUCGAUAUUGAGGAUGAUGACGAUAAUGAUCCUAUUGCCAGUCAUGCUCGUGAUGAAACCCUCCUCUCAUUAGACCCACUCAAUGAUGAAGCAAAUAGCGGAAUAUCUUUCAAGCGCAGACAAAAGUCACCCUCGAGCUUUUCCUUUUCCAAAUUUCUGCCGUCGCCUCUUUCGAAUAGUAGUCGCCAGACAUCACCGUUGCCUCGACAGGCAAACGGUCAAAGUCGAGGUCAUCGGCGAAACAGAUCACUGGCAGAAAGAACUUCCCUGGACGACGAGCCGCUCCAAGACCGACCACUUGAUUCUAAAGACGGCGAUCCUUUGGACUGGUAUGUCGAAGGUCCAGGACGGCGUGUAGGCUACGACAAUCUUACGGCCAUUGAUUGGAUCUUUGAAUACACCAAGGAGCGACAGAGAUUACGGGUUCUCUCUUCGAGCACUCAGGGUAUCGUGGGCUCAGCAUUGCAGCUGCUGGAUGCCAGCCAAGUGUGGCUGGUUUUGAUCGCCACGGGAAUAGCGGCUGGCGUACUCGCUGCGGCUAUUGAUAUCGUGAGUGAUUGGCUAGGCGAUAUUAAGAAUGGAUAUUGCAAAACUGGCCCAGGAGGUGGCAGGUUCUAUUUGAAUAAGGCGUUUUGUUGUUGGGGACAUGACGAAUGGUCGCAAUGCCAGGAAUGGACUCCAUGGAGUGAUGCACUUCACGUUGGAAAUAGAGCAGGUGGUUAUAUUGUGGAAUAUAUAUUCUUCAUUUUGUUUUCGGUAUUUUUUGCGGCAUGUGCAAGCGUCUUGGUUGGAACUUAUUCUAUAUAUGCGAAGCAGAGUGGUAUACCAGAGAUAAAGACAGUUUUGGGAGGGUUUGUCAUUAAACGCUUUUUGGGAACCUGGACUCUUAUUACGAAAUCCCUUGGCCUGUGCCUUUCAGUUGCUUCUGGUCUAUGGUUGGGCAAAGAGGGUCCCCUGGUACAUGUUGCGUGUUGCUGUGCGAAUGUCUUUAUGAAAUUUUUUGAUAAUAUAUCCAAAAAUGAAGCUCGAAAACGUGAGGUUUUCUCUGCAGCAGCAGCGGCCGGUAUAUCUGUCGCUUUUGGCUCUCCUAUUGGCGGCGUUUUAUUUAGUUUGGAACAACUAUCGUAUUAUUUUCCAGACAAGACAAUGUGGCAGAGUUUCGUAUGCGCCAUGGUUGCAGCCGUGACAUUGCAAGCUCUCAAUCCUUUCCGCUCCGGCAAAUUGGUUUUGUACCAAGUCACCUAUUCAAGUGGUUGGCAUGCAUUUGAGCUUGUUCCGUUUGUCUUGCUCGGAAUAUUGGGUGGCCUGUACGGCGGUGCGUUCAUCAAAUUGAACAUGAAGGUUGCAAACUGGCGAAAGACCUCUCGAUUUGUAGACCACCCACUUCUCGAGGUCACACUGUUCGCUUUAAUCACCGCCUUGGUCAACUUUCCCAUUAUGUAUAUGAGGGCACAAGUCUCGGAGCUUGUUUUCGCCCUAUUCGCAGAAUGCUCCGCACUUACUGAUGAUCAACUUGGGCUUUGCAAAACUGGGGCGGCCAAUGCCGGCGUUAUCGCUCUGCUUCUUGUGGCAUCCGUCCUAGGCUUCCUCUUUGCAGCGGUAACCUUUGGGUUGCAGAUACCUUCAGGUGUGCUUCUUCCUUCCAUGGCGAUUGGUGCGCUUUAUGGCCGAGCGAUUGGUCUAGUGAUGGAGAUUGUGCAGAGCAGCUUCCCGAAAGCUUUCAUCUUCUCUACCUGUGAGCAGGACAUAGCCUGCGUCACACCGGGUACUUACGCUAUCAUCGGCGCUGCCUCUGCUGUAGCAGGGCUUACACGGAUGACUGUGUCCAUUGUGGUCAUCAUGUUUGAACUCACGGGUGCUUUAACAUACGUCCUCCCAAUCAUGAUUGCCGUCAUGAUUAGCAAAUGGAUAGGAGAUGCAUUUGGAAAGCGCGGAAUCUACGAAAGCUGGAUUCAUCUCAGCGAAUAUCCUUUCCUGGAUAAUAGCGACGACUAUCCGAUUCCAGAUGUUGCCGUGUCGCAUGUUAUGACGCGGAUAGAAGACCUGGUCGUCAUUUCAGCGAGUGGCCACACUAUCGAAUCACUGAAUCAGCUCUUAACUAAUAACCCACAUCGAGGUUUUCCUGUCAUCAGCGAUACACGCGAUUCGCUCCUGCUGGGAUACAUAUCUCGUACCGAGCUUGCGUUUGCACUGAACUCAGCUGUGAGCUCUCCGCGGAAUUUGCCUCCCACAGCUGAAACAUUCUUCUCUUCGCAGUCCAUGGCUGAUCCUACCACGACUCUGGACCUGCGACCUUGGAUGGAUCAUACGCCAAUCACGCUUGACUCGAAGAGCAGCUUGCAGCUUGCCGUCAAUCUUUUCCAGCGGUUGGGUCUACGUUAUGUACUUUUCUGCAAUAGAGGCACCUUGCAAGGCCUUCUUACGAAGAAGGAUGUCUGGUAUAUUCUUAACGGCGCAGAAGAAGAUAGACAUGGUGCUUCUGCGGGGAUUCCCAGAGAGAAUGAAGGAUCCACAGGCGAAGAAAGAGGUUUACUUGGCGCAGAUGAGGCCAGCGACGGGACAGAAAGCGUAGUAAAUAUACGAUAAAGGGUUUCUCAAAUUUUCUUCUUUUCUUUUCAACACCAUGAUCACUCCCAUGGUGUGUAUCUGUAAUGUUAUUGUACAUCU